AUGGAGGUCGUCACCCCAGCAGACUUCCCUUCGCACUCGCAGCGCCGACGGUCCAGACAGGCGAAACCCUGUGACGCCUGUCGCAAAGCAAAGACUAGAUGCAUCAAGAGCCCCGAGGGCUCAGGCACCACGGCCUGUAUCCACUGCAGUCUUAGGGGCACUGCUUGUACAUAUCGCCAUGGCCCUCCGGCACGUUCCUCGACUGCCGCGCGGGAAAACAGCCCGCAUCUUGCAGAGACUCCCACAAAUGCGCCCCAGAGCUCUCGAAGUGUCAACGGCGACAGCUCCGCGCCAACACCAAACCGGCCGAGGCAAGAGAGGUUGGGCGAGACCUCGCAACCCUCCUUCCCACGAAACGCCAGUGUUCCAGGCACAGUCGACGGCACGGUUCGUGCGCCGGCGGUUCUGACGGCUUCUGGCCCGCCCCAGCUAGGAUAUAUCGCCAACCGCUUCUCUGAACUGUACGGACUUGGUAGUGACAUGGAGCCUAUACUUAUGCGACACCGACCAUAUGACCCAAACUCUCACGAGUACCAUCUGGGCACACAUGGCAUCAGAAGAGUGCUCCACCGGUAUCAAGCGCAGGACUACCCCCUCACCUUCCACAUGGUGGCGGAUACCAAAGCCAUCGACCACCAGGAACUGGAGUCGGAGGUAGACGCCAUCGAGGCGCUCGUUCGGCCGUGGGGGCCAAAACUACUGGACCUGUUCUGGCGACACGUCCAACCCUCGUAUCCGAUCAUCUUCAAGGAUGCUCUCAUGCAAGCGUACGAGCACAGAGAUGCUCCAUGCCCUUUGCUUGGUGCCAUUUACCUGGUGGCGACCCGCUGGUGGCAGUACGACCCCGACUUGUCCGUCCGCCCGAUGCCCGACGUGGCUAGCCUCCGCAAACAUGUCUAUCGUUCCAUACACUGCUCCUACCACUCGCCAAAGCUUUCAUCCAUCCAAGCAAUGCUGCUCGUCCUGCAGUGUCAGCCGGAGGACCCUCUGAACCCUGAUCACACCUUUGACUGGGGCUUGACCUGCCAGGCGCUCGCGAUCGGCCAGUGCCUUGGGCUGCACCUGGACGCAUCAGACUGGAGCAUUCCCCGCGCAGAACGCAACGUCAGGAAACGACUGGCCUGGGCACUUUACAUGCAGGAUCGAUGGACAGCUGUGGCAUAUGGGCGCCCGGUCCAUAUCCACGACGACGACUGGGCUGUCACCGAUCUGACAGAUGCCGACUUUGCUGACUGUGACCUCAGCGAAGCACGGGAGCCGGAGGAAGAGCGGCGGUCGAUGACUGUGACCGGCAAACACCACUUUCUGCUCAUGGUUCGACUGUCGCAGAUUCUUUCUGAUGUCUUGGCGCAAUUUUACGCGGUCAAGAAAAGCUCUGAGCAGGAUACAGCCGUGCUUUUCCAGAGAGCCGGUCCAAUAUUUGAGGCCCUGAACCUCUGGUCCAUGUCGGUGCCUGAAAGUCUCGGUAUGCAUAUCACAUACCAACGGCGUCUAUGUUUCCACGGCUAUCUUCACUUUUCGUACUAUGGUGUUGCCAUGACACUUUUGAGAAGACUCAUCAGAUCAACGGCCUUGGGGCCGCCUUGCGCCGACCACGCCGUUCUUGCUGACAUCCGCCAGCGUGCGCUACAAACAGCACAAGGGGCAAUAGGCUUCGUUUCAGAGCUUAGGCCUGAUCACCUAGAGGCCUUCUGGUAUUACACGACACCAUAUUUAUUCUCCCUCCUCGGCUCGUUCAUCACCCUCUUGCUGGUCACGUCUCUUUCGUCACAGGAGCGGAGCUUCUGGCAAGAAACGCUAAACUCAUAUCUGUGGAAAUUACGGACGAUGAACAAGAGCAGUGAGCCAAUGCAGUAUGCGGCGAACCGGUUGGAGGGCGCCAUCCUCCGCGGACUCGAGCAUGCGCUUGCUGUCAAUAUCGUCGAGCCUGUCGAUGACACAGUCAGUCCACAGAUGGCCAACUACAACACGGAGGUGAUGAAGUAUGUGGAUUUUGGAGACUGGGAUCUCUUCAUGGCAGGUGUCGGUUCGUAUGACCUGCUCGGAGCACCAGGUGAUAUACACCAACAAGUGAACUAUGGUCAACGUCCACCAAUGAUGUAA